GGGAGGUAUUCACGACUUCGAGCUUUUGUGUACCGAAUCAGUUUACAAAGAACAUUCGUACGUGUCGGUAGCGAGUUUGUGCUUUUCCGCGGUUUUACGAGAGAUCCCGGAACCGUCGCGUCGUCGGGUCCAGUUCCUAAGUGUGGAUUGAGAAUUCAUGUGAAUUGAUUGUGAUUUUUACGAGUGGGUUAAAUUUGUGUUGUGAUCGUUUCUUCGCAGACCAGGCCUCAUCUACAACCUCAUCUCACCGCGGUCGGUCGUCGCCAUUGACAUCUUCUCCAAACGAUCAACGCAGCGUUUUCGUAGAGGAAAACCAAUAGCUCCGGCAGAAACAUCAGCAAUUGGGCGCCGCUGAAUCGUAGAAGAAGAAGAAAAAUUAUACAACCACAACACAAAAAUCGACUACAACGGCCAACAGCAAUAGUAGAAGUAGUGCGUUGUAAAAUAAGCGAAAAGUGAUUAAAUAAUAGGCUCAGCAUAGAGGUCUGUGGUGUGUCUAGAGGCUCGGUGAAGUAACUGGGUGCAACUUAGUGGGAAGUGAUUGACGAAACAUCAAAAACUCGAAGAAGGACCCUCUUCUCGGAAGGCACAGCAAAGCACUGCCAGCGAAUCGGAAUUUCUGUUGAAAACGAUAAACUGGCUAACUUAACAGUAAACUUUCAGUAAGGUUCCCACCAUUGCUGAAACCGACCUUUCCUCACAAUGAAGGGUUGGUUCGAUGCAUUUCGAGACGAUGGGGCUCCCACUCUGUACUCGUUUUCCAACCGAACGCCAGUAACCGGCGAUGUGUCGAUCGUGGCCGUAUGCGUCUUGUUUGCCACUAUCUAUCUGGCUUUUCUGGUCAUCUUUCCCGGUGUUCGAAAGCAGAAAUUCACUACCUUCACGACAGUAACACUUAGUUUAUUCGUAGGAUUAGUCAUUUUAGUUACCCGCCUGGGAUCUGGUUGGCAUGUUGCCCAGUCAACGAUUGUCGCACCGUACAAAGCCUUCUCACGUGAGAAGCUUCCGGCCCGACUCGGAGCCCACAUUGGGCUAAUGCACAUCAACAUCACGCUGGCAGCACUGCCGGUUGGCAAUUGGUCCACCCCGGAUAUUGACUUCAACGAACGAUUUAGCUGGAACCAAGCUAAUGAUAUGGGCAACUCGUACAAAAACGCACUUCAGCGUGGCUUGCCGUAUCCCAUUUUGACCGUGGCGGAGUAUUUCAGUCUGGGUCAGGAAGGGUUCGCCUGGGGUGGACAGUAUCGAGCCGCUGGAUACUACGCUAGUAUUUUACUAUGGGCAUCAUUCGCUUCGUGGUUGCUGAUGAAUUUGCUGUUGGUGGCUGUGCCACGGUAUGGAGCCUAUACUAUGACGCUUACUGGCGCCCUGUUGAUUGGGGCCAGCAUUGGUUACAGCCAGAUGCUACCGAAACGACCGUUGACGAUCUUCAUCGAGGGAGGCCGCAUCAGUUUUCGACUGGGAUGGUGCUUUUGGCUUGUGCUGAUUGCAGGCAUUCUCUGUUUGUCGGUUGGACUGAUAAUAUCAAUCAUCGAUCUGGUGUGGCCUCAUCGUUUCUCAACCAUUCUGGAGGUUUAUUACGAUACUCCCUAUGACAGACACGUGAUAUUGGAAGAAUCUCACGAUGUCCGAUACCGUAAACGUAAUAGCAAAGGGCUAGAAGAUCCUCCAGGCCUUGGAUCGCGAAUCCUACGUCGCCUAUCGUCGAAAACUCGGGACCAAGCGAAUGAUAAAGCAGGCAUCGAGAAUCGAGGCUUCCAACAUGACGUACCGAAGUCACCGUGGCGUUAUCCGUUCCGUCGAGCUCAACAAACGCCUCCGCAAGGAAUCCAGCGCACCAUUUCGCAAGAUUCAAACUCUAGCAUCGCAUCCGCAGCUGCCAUGUCUCAAUCGUUACAUAAAGUUGCACUCUCCAGAAUGCUGCCAAAACCUCCUCUGGAGCGUACCCGCGAAAUUUCCAACUGGUAGACGAUAAACAGCCAUUUACAUUCACCCAAUAACAGUCGGUUCAAAACCGAAAGCCAAUCCUCACUUAAAACUAGGAACCACACGUGUGAAACUUUACGUGAUGAAUCUCUUGUGAUAUUAAAUCGUAAAACACCGAAUUGACAAAACAGAAUAACUUAUCGAGAUAAACUGUGCAAAACAAAUCCAGGUUAUUCGUGAAGGCCUUGUUCAAAUGCGACUUAUCUUAAGAAUAGGACGAAACAAUUUUAUAGAUUAGGACUUAUUGAAAAUGGCUUCGUAUGGAGCAGAUUUUAACUGACCGUGUCUAGCGUUACAGUAUAGCGAUAGUAGUAUUCUAGGAAUUAUUCAUCAAUUGCUUAGAAUUAAGACUGGCCAACUUGCAUCACACAUGAGUCGCAUUCGUCAUAACAGUUAUCAGAAAAAAUACCAUUACAAGACUAUCAGGAGAGAGACCGAGAGAGUAUCAUGCCCUUUUAAGUUAUUUAUUAAUUUGAUUGUGUAGGGAAUUUUACGUGUAUGUAGGUUGAAUUUUAAUUACAAAGAACCAGUGACAGAAACAAGAAAAAAAAAAACAAAGUAUUAAUUAACCAUGUGUCAUGGACAGAUUGUAAUCGCUAUCGAAUAUAGAAUAAAUAAAAAUAAUUGUCACGAACA